AUGUUUAAAAGUCCAUACAAACGUAAAAUUAAUUUAUCGGACCAUCUUGUCCAUAUAAUGAAAUGGACUGCGUUUUCCAAAAGUAUUAGUAAUUUGUGUGGCGAAGUGACCACAUUCAAAAUGAAGUACUUACUGCUAGCUUGUCUGUUUUAUGGUGUCUUAGCCAAACAUGAUCUUUACGAUGGGCAUGCUCUUUACGAAGUCAAUGUUCGUUCAAUAGAACAAACAAAACUAGUUUAUGAAUUUGAAAAUGAAUUGUUCCUUGAUAUCUGGGUUAAUGCUGUCCCUGGUCAUCCAGGAAAGGUCCUCGUCCCAAAAGACAAGAGAGCAAUUUUCGAAAGCUUCUUACAACAAAACAGUGUGCAAUACAAAGUUGGAACCGAGAAUAUUAAAGAGCAACUGGACAAAGAAGAUGAACUUCUAGCAUCAGCUACAGCGAGGAGCAAUAAUUCGCGUAUUGGCUUUGAUAGAAUCCACACUUUCGAAGAAGUUGAUGCCUAUUUAGACCAGCUUGCAAGAGAUUAUCCAAAUGUUGUCUCCGUUGUCCUCGGAGGAAGAAGUAUUGAAGGUAGACCAAUCAGAUAUGUCAAGAUUUCCACCACAAACUUCCAGGAUACCAGGAAACCAGUUGUAAUGAUUCAAUCUCUUCUCCACUCCCGAGAAUGGGUGACCCUGCCAGCAACUCUCUACGCCAUUAGGAAGCUGGUUGUCGACGUCACAGAAUCUGACCUCGUCCAGAACAUUGACUGGAUCAUUCUGCCUGUUGCCAAUCCUGAUGGAUAUGUCUUCACUCUCACCGAUCGCUUCUGGCGGAAGAACCGUGCAACUCGCUACAUGAUUGCCAACCGCUGCCCUGGUGUAGACCUCAACAGGAACUUCGGCUACGGUUGGGGUACAGCAUCUAGUUCUAAUCCUUGUCAAGACACCUUCCAUGGAGGAGCAGCUUUCUCUGAGCCUGAGUCUGCCGUCAUUCGAGACAUCAUUGCUCAACACAGGACUCGCAUGGCCAUGUAUCUCGAUAUUCACAGCUUUGGUAGUAUGAUUCUUUACGGCUAUGGCGACGGAGUUCUCCCACCUCAUGCAUUGCAACUGAAUUUAAUCGGUGUUCAAAUGGCCCAAGCCAUCGACAGAGUCAAAUGGCCAUCAAACAGGAAUUAUAUCGUUGGAAAUAUUUUCCAUGUACUUUAUGCUGCUUCUGGCGGUGCUAGUGACUAUGCCAUGAGUGCUGCUGCUCCAUAUUCUUAUACUUAUGAGCUACCAGCUUAUAGGAACAGUCCAUGGAUGGAUGGUUUCUUAGUAGAUCCAGCUUUUAUUGAACAGGCUGGCUUUGAGACGUGGGAAGGUAUCAAGGUGGGCGCUAGGGCUGCUGCUGCUGCGUUCAGGAAUGGCAAGGCUGUGUAA